AUGACAGUGGGCUACGAUCAUUUGGAUGUUAAGGCUCUUCGAGCGCGGGGUAUCCGAAUCGGAUAUACGCCUGAUGUAUUGACAGAUACUACAGCUGAACUAGUGGUGGCUCUUUUGCUGGCAGCGUCCAGGAGGCUAAUUGAAUCGCACAAGUGUCUUUUGAAUGGAGAAGUAGGGAGAUGGAACCCAAACUGGAUGUGUGGCAAAGAUAUCAAAGGCUCAACCGUUGGAUUCGUGGGAUUCGGAAGAAUAGCCCAAAGUGUCGCCAAACUCCUUUCUUCUUUCUCGGUCAAACAGUUUUGCUACUCGACCAGAAAUUCUUCGAUAGAUGAAGAAACAGUGAGGUCGAUUUCUGUUCCGUGUGAAAGACUAGAUUUGAAUGCUAUGUUACAGAAAAGCGAUUUUGUAAUUGUGCUGUGCGCGUCAAAUGAAUCGACUAAACUACUUGUGAACAAGGAAUUUCUUUCAAAAAUGAAGUCGGAGGCAAUUCUGAUCAAUGCGAGUCGUGGGGACGUUUUAGACCAAGAUGCUCUUCUUGAAGCAUUGACUAAUGGUACUAUUAGAGCCGCAGGUUUGGAUGUAACUACGCCAGAACCUUUGCUCAAAAGUCACCCCUUGUUGCAUUUGCCGAAUUGCACUGUUUUGCCUCAUAUUGGAAGUGCUUCUGAAGAAACAAGAGCUAAUAUGGCGAUGCUUGCUGUCGAAAAUUUACUGGCUGCUCUGGAUGACAAACCAAUGCCCGCUGAAGUGUUAAUCUAA